AUGGGUGGCUUUCCCAAUCCACGAGAUUGUUCGAAAUGUAUCUGUCCUGGUGGAUACGGAGGUCGCUUAUGCGAUGAAAGACCAUCUGGGUGUGGCGAAAUUUUGACAGCUACAAGCCAGGGCAAAACCCUACAGUAUACUCUUGGGAAAAGGGGCAGUAGUCUAAAUGACUAUGAGUUUUGCCAUUUUUGGAUCAAGGCUGCCAAAAAAGGAGAAAAAGUGCAAAUCAGACUCAAAAACGUUUUCUCUCAGUUUGUUAGCGAUGGAUGCACUCCAGGAGGAGUAGAAAUCAAAGCUCAGAGAGAUCAGGGUCUAACGGGAUAUAGAUUCUGCAGGCAAUCAAACGCAUUCAGAGCUUUCCUAUCGGAAGUUGACAAUGUUCCUGUCAUUCUCUAUCGAGAUCGCGGAGAGAUUUCGCUGGCCUGCCCAAUAUGCAACAAUUUUAGUUUGAAAGACAAAGGCACAAGAUCUCCAUCAACCUCCUACGAGUUGUGUGUGUUUGCUUGUAUUUAG